UUCUGUUAUUUGGAGUUAAGAAGGUGUGAAGGAGAAAUGAGUGCAUGGGUAUAUUUGGACUGAUAGAUGCUAUUAAUUUAUGUUUGUGUCUAUGUGGGCAUGUCUUUGUUGGUAUUUGUAACUCCUAUCAGAAGCAAGCUAGGCAUAUUUCAUCUGUUGCUAUGAUACCAUGGGUCCCAGAAACAGGACAUGGAACAACACUUUUCAGCCCCAUUAUAUCCAUAAGAGAGCAUUUGAUUUUUGUUACACUUAGCUACAAUUACAGUUUAUUUGUGGGUAGAUAUGCCUUUAUUAGACUCAUUGCUUCAUUACCAAGGAACUUGUAUUAUCUAAAGAGGGAAGUAAAAAUAAUUAAAAAGGGCAUGUAGGUCUCUGUUUUAUAUUGAUGAAACUCACUUUACUGAAAGGAGAGUAUAAUUCAUUAUCUAUUACAGCCAAUAUCAGAAAAGGUUAGAAAUGUUUGGAUGUAAGUGAUAAUUCAAAUGGCUGUUGUAAUGUAGCUCAUUACUGUCAUAAAUAUCUAAACUCUCAGGACCUAAAUGCGUGAACAGUGUAUUGUCAUGGCUAAGACAGACUACCUUCUAACAUAUUUGCUAUCUGCUUCAGUAUUUGUUCACUGCAGAUAUAAUUUCUUUCUAACUGUAUAGGCUAUAAUACUAACAACAUUGAGCUUCUUUUGGUAAUGAUUUUAAUGCUUUUGGUGAUGGCUCAUCUUCCCACUCCCCAAGGUAAAAUGAUUUUGCAUGUUAAUUGUUCCUUGCAGGUUACAAACUGUAAAAUGGUUUCUGCAUUUUCAUCAUUUAAGAACUGUACAUUUUUAUCAACCUUACAUAUAAUAAAAGUAAAUACUGUAUGAAUUAUCAGUGCUUUGCAAAUAUUUUUGGAAAAAAAUGUGUAUUUACAGUAUAUGAUAGGUAUCUAAUGGGUAAAGGAUGUACUAAUGAACAGAACAAAUAUUCAUGUGUGACUUGAAUACAAAUUAUUUGGACUGUGUGACAUCAUUUAUUCUAUACAGGCGCAAUAUAAUCAACGAAAUAAUGCAAGCUACUGCUAUCAAUAACUUGAAGAAAGCCAAGGGAGUAGACCUGAGUCGAGAAAGCACUCCUCAGGGUUCAGGGAAGGGUGACUUACUUCAGGCCAGAAAUCUUAAGCGUUACAUCAACCAGCUCACAUAUGCUAAAGCACAAUGCGAACGAAGGAUCGCUAUUCUCAACAGUGGAAAGGCAGCAGCAGACAUGGGUCCUGUUGCAGAUGGCACUGGUAAUGCAGAUGUUUCUAGCUCAGUACCUGAUACUUUCACACAGUCACUUCAGAACCUCCCAGGCAGGAAGAUUCUCAUGUUCCAAGCACUCCUGGAAUCUGCCUUUGCACGCCGCUACUUCUCCAUCUACUUGGACGAGAUUGGCCAGGGAGCACUCAUCAGUUUCUGGUCAGCUGUGCAGGAGGUUCGUCAGUCAGACAAGAAGCUGCAUCAUCAGUUGGGUACUGAGAUUUAUUACACUUACCUCAGUCCAAAUCCACCCCCUGUAAAAGUUGAUAAGCCCACACUUCGAGGAGUUGAGGCAUUCCUGCUAGGAAACAGAGGUCCUGAAGUAUUCUAUGAAAUAGGGGAAGAAGUGGAACGUACUCUAGAGGAACGUCACUACACCGGUUUCCUUGUGUCAUCUACCUAUCAUGCCAUGCUCCAUCAGGCUGCCGUGCAGGGCGUAGACUUCAUGACGGAGUGUGCUGAGGAAGGGGGAACAGGUAGCACAGAGGGCAGUAGCACAGAAUCAAUUGAGCAAGUACAGCUUCAGCUCUCUGAUCAUUCCACUUAUGCACGGAACAAAUUAGCUCAUUUGCAGGAGCGGCUCAAUAAUAAACUACUGGCUCUGCAAGCAAUGAGACAAAGUGCCAAAGCAGAUGCCAAAGUCAUAACUCAUCUGGAAGGGGAGAUCAACCAGCUGCGAAGCGACCACAAGGUGCUGGAGACACAUGUGGAGAGAACUGUCCUCUGGAGUGACAACAUUGGGCGAUGGAGGGUUCAUGUCCAAAGUGUACAGUUGGUUGAAGAAAAGGAUAUCCCACACUUGGUCCUCUUGGUACACCUAGGUUCAGAGGACUCGAAGACUUCUUCGUGCCAAGACCUCUCCUCAACAGCCAUUACCUCAUCAUCUUCCUCAGCCUCUUCUUCUUCCUCUUUAUCAUCGGGUGUAGACAAUCUGGAGUCUUCACUGGUGGGCUCAGGACCUGGCAAUGGCUGGGUCGUCGUGAGAAAGCUUCCCCUACUUCUGGAUCUCCACAGGAAGUUAUGUCAAAUUGCUCCAUGGAUGAAAGCAGUAGAACUGCCCACAGUACCAACAAAAAUCCUAUUUGGAAAAGCUGCUGACAAAACCCAGCUAGAGAAAGUACGAAGUGUGGCACAGAAUUAUUUUGAUGCUGUGCUUAGUGAUGAGAAGCUCUCUGGUUCAGAGCUCAUUUAUGCCUUCCUCUCACCUUCCCCUGAGCACUUGAAGCAAGCAGGAACACAGCGCAAAAAGUCAAAAUUUUCAUUUUCAACAUUCUUCAAAGGUGGAGAUGGUAAGAGUGACAGUGAUGAGGAGGACCUAAGCCUAAUGAUGGACGGCAGUGAGGCUGCAGUUGACGGAGGUGUGGGUGGAGAUGCAGGCAAGGACUCCGUUGCUGAGCCACUCUUUUCCUUCUUGGAGGAAUUGUGUGAACUUCGAGGUGUAAGCAAGUGGCUCCGCAAAACUCUCAUUUCUUUUGUUCAAAUCACAUAUGGUAAAACCAUUACAAAACAUGUUCGUGAAACAGUCUCCAGUAUGCUGAGUGAAUCAAUGGUGCUGUAUUAUAUACACACAGUCAAAGAUAAUCUGUGGCCCUCUGAAGAUGAGAUUCCAGCUACAGAACUGCCUCGUACUGAAGAUGAUAAACUGCGAACCAGAUACGAGGCUCGGGAGCAGUUUGUCAAUAACUUACCUGUGCUCCUGUGCACACUGGUGGGUCAACAGAAUGCCCGCAGAGGUGCCACAAAACUUUUUACAACACUUCAGCAUCAUGCACUUAACAAAAAUCUUUUUUAUAAUGUUCUGGAGGUGCUGCUCAAAGAAUUAUUUCCUGAACUACAAGAGCAUAUAGAAAAGAAAACAUAAAGAGCAGUAUACAGUUAACUGGAUGACACUUUAAAAGUCAUCAGUCAUAGUAAUGGAAAUACGGGAAACAGAUGCUGAAACCCAACACAAAGUAUACAAUGAUGAGAGAGAUUGGUCACUUUAGAAGUCAAAAUACUUACAAAGGAGAAUUCUUUACCAAAGAUUUUUGUUUUUCUUUCUUUCUAUCUUUCUUUUUGUGAUAGUUAACAUUCCUUUUUGAAAGGCCAAAGAUCUGUGCAUGUCCAUGUUAAUGUCUCGAAUCCCUAAAUAAUCUUAGGGGAAUUACCUGUAUCCAGAAAGUGAGACACAUUCUGCUUUCUGUAGCUGUUUGUCAUUACUCUAGCAUAUGUUAUAUACUCACUGGAUGUCUAGUCAGUAAUUUCAUAGCAAUGUCUGAGUGAGUAUGGUAUUUUUAUAACAAAUGUUUUAAACGGUAUUAAAUGUGUGGUGGUGUUUUACUAAAUGUUUAGAAGAGUGUAAGGUCUUACAAAUGUAAAAUUUUGCUUUAUGAAAUUAUUCUCAAAAUAGUGUUAAAAUUAAAUAUGCAAAGACAAUAAUGAAUACAGAAAUUAAAGUCAGAAUUGUUAACGUGCUCACUGUAACAUAACACAAAUUUAAUCAAAUUAAACUGUUUAUGGAGGAAUUGGGACCAUAUUUUUCCAUCAUUGCAGGAGGCCAACAGAAAAACAUGUUGAGGUUUGUCCAACUUUCAUCAGAUUUAUAUUGAUUUUGAAGCAAAUUCUACAUCGAAAAUAUCCAUUUUGACACGUUUGUUUCUUGUUGUAGCAGCAUCUCAUAGUUGGUGUGCAUGCUCAUGAUGUUGACGAAACUAAAGUGAUUUCAAAUGGUAUUCCUAAGCUAUAAUUAAAGAAUACAUUACACACUUUUGAAAAAAAAAAUUCUAAUUGACCUUAUUUAAUUUUACUGUUACCCUAUAAUCUCAACACUUUUUUCAUUUGGCCUUAGUCCAUCAGCAACAAUAAAGUUAUUAUUGGUUGUAUUUUGGGAUGGUAUGUACAAUAUCCAAAGGUUUAUACAUACCUAACUUCUAAACUUGAAUAUAUUGAUGGCUGGGACUUUACAUUAAGGCUGCCAUUUGUUUAUCUUAGGCUCGAGGACAAACAUGAUGAGAAAGCUGCCAUUUAAGAUAUGCUCAUUUUUUGGAAAGGUUAGGAUUACAUUACAGAAAUAUGAUCUUAAUUUAUUAGGUAAAUUACUGUGAAUAAUGUCAUUAUAUUUUGCAUGAAUCUCAAAUGAAAUAAGUAUUUAUGUUGUACAUGAUAAAUAUUCUUGGAUACUGUAUUUUUGGGACCCUAGUGAAUUCUGUAAACCUUUUGUUUUUUAUGUAAAAGUAUAGCAAAUGA